AGCGGAGACACAUCACAAGACUCUGAGAUACGCAACGACAUCAACAAGGCACAGCUGAUCACUUCAUUCGUCAAUAUGUCUGAAGCCGGGCCAUCCAAUACAAAUGCUCACGCUAGCGUCCUUACUCCCUCGGAAGCUAUCCCGCCUAAUGCCGUUCAUAUCCAUGGACCGGACUUGUCAGAUCCCAUAGACCUGGUUGACCUUCUAAAGAGCUAUGAAAAGAUCGGUUUCCAAGCGACUGGCUUAGCGAGAGCUAUCCAGAUUGUGGAAAAGAUGCGAGUUCAACGAUCAAACGCUGAAGAGCCCUUGACGUUGUUCUUGGGUUACACGUCGAAUCUGAUCUCGUCGGGUCUCAGAGAGGUCAUCAAAUUUCUUGCCAAGUACAAGCUGGUCGACUGCAUCGUCACCACCGCUGGAGGGAUCGAAGAGGACUUUGUCAAGUGCUUAGGACCAACGGUCCUUGGAGAUUUCGAGCUGGACGGAGCGAGCUUGCGAAAGAGAGGGCUGAACCGUAUUGGCAAUCUAUUGGUCCCGAAUUCAAAUUACUGCAAGUUUGAGGAUUGGAUCUUGCCAAUACUCGACAAGAUGGUGGAGGAACAAGAAGGAGAGCCAAAGGCAAAGUGGUCACCCAGCUCCGUCAUCAGACGUUUAGGGAAAGAGAUUGAUAAUGAGGAUAGUGUCUACUACUGGUGUUAUAAGAAUGACAUUCCCGUCUUCUGUCCAGCUUUGACAGAUGGUUCACUCGGUGAUAUGAUCUACUUCCACACGUACAAGGCCAGUACACCACUUUCGAUCGAUAUCGUUCAAGAUAUUCGCUUGCUCAAUGAUAUGAGUAUACAUGCCAAGAAAGCCGGUAUGAUCAUCCUGGGAGGAGGGGUGUCGAAGCAUCAAAUCGCCAAUGCCAUGUUGUUUAGGAACGGGGCAGAUUAUGCCGUAUACAUCAACACCGGUCAGGAGUAUGAUGGCUCGGACUCCGGUGCUAGACCAGACGAAGCGAUAUCGUGGGGCAAGAUUCGGGCCGGUGCUGAGAGUGUCAAGGUAUAUGCUGAUGCUACGCUGGUGUUUCCAUUGAUCGUAGCCGCCACAUUCGCCAAGGCUCGCUGGAGUACGGAGAAGGCUUGAGGUGUCUCUCAGUAUGACAGCGUAUACGAUUGUCCCCAUCUCAUUGCGUUCAGUGUUGUACUCAUACUCAAGCCAUAGCAUUUGCAUGCAUUUAUACGGAUCUGCGGCCGAGCAGAUCACCUACAUGUACCCCUGAUGCAGAAUCCAUUCAGC